UGUGUGUGUGUAUUUCUCAUCAACACAUUGCUUUGGACGUAACCAGAAAAGCCGAGUAGCCUACAAAGUGUUUAAAGUGUUUAAAGUGUUUCGAUGUUGCGGUGUAUGUAUGAGAAAAUAAAGAAACAGGAAGAACCCCUUUGUUUCCUGAAGCUUUGUACAGUACAUGACGUCAUGCUUCUUCUUUCCACAGAAAUGUGUCUUCAGACAGCACUGACAGUAAGUGACUGUGGAGGAGCAGGCGGAGGUUGGUAAUGGAACUGCUUCCUCUCCAUCCAAUACUUUGGUCCGGUCUUCUGGUUUUGUGUGCCUCACAAAGUGUAUUCGAGGAAACCAGCUUCCUGCACCCAGUAAAGGGAAAUGACUCAGAAAAUGUUGACAUAUUAAACCAGUGGAUCCCAACUGGUGGGUCACAGUCCAGAGAGACGGAGGCCAACAGUCAAGAUGUCUGCCAGCUGGAAAAGAUUCAUGGCGAUAUAUAUCCAGAGAGUACUUCAAAGGAGGGACAUUAUGUAGAGGUGUCUGAGGUGAAUGAUAAUUUUCACUGCCUCCUUUAUCCAACAAAUACACUGAACUGCUCCUGGUCAUUCCACACUCUACAGAAGGACACGCAGCUCUUUGUCCAUAUCAGUAUUUGUGAUGAUGAGAGAACAGUUUGCUCUCUGAAUGCUUCGCCUGGGGAAAGAGUCGGAUCGAGUUCCUUACGUCUGCACAAACAUGGGAGCAGUGUAAUCCUCCACUUUAACUUAACCCUGCACCACGAGUGGACGGUCUACAUCUGUGCAUACGACAUGGACAUGAUAGAGGUCCUGUCUCCACCCCAGAACAUCAAUGCAUCAGUUAAAGAUGGAGACCUGUUGGUGACAUGGGAUCUGCCCCACAGUCGAGCAAACUCUAACCCCUCGUGCUUUGAAUACCAGCUGGACAUGGGUGACCAGGAAAGACCCAGAAAUGUGACCGAGGGGCUGUCUUAUACAGAGCCCAAUGCAAAUCCUACCUGCACCUACAGUGUGAGGAUGAGGGCGAGAAAGAAAAGCGACUGCCAAGAAGCUACUCAAUGGAGUGACUGGAGUCACACCGUCACGGUAGAACAGUCGAUAUACAAACUCAACACUGUGGUGAUCAUCUUAAUAUCACUUGGAAUACCCAUGAUCCUCCUGGCUGUGCUGCUGCUGGUGCGCUAUCAGAGGGUGUCUGAGGUUCUGUUUCCACCGAUUCCUCGCCCCCCACCAAAGUACAAAUAUUUCCUGGAAAAAAAUGACGCAUUCAGUGUCUUCCACCCUGCCCCGUCAGCUGAGCCUGAGAUCACAGAGGUGAGAGAAGGAGAGGAGCACACAGAGCAAAAAUCUGGAAAAGUCAUUAUAAAAGCAAUAUAACGUUUAAUGCCAUGCACAGGUGCUUUGAAUGCAUGCAAAGUAUGUAUAGUUAGAGCUGGGUGAUAUGGACAAAAUUCAUAUCUCUGUAAUUUCAGGCUGAAAGGCGAUACAUAAUAUAUAUAGGCUACAUGUUCAGUUGCAAGUAGCAAGCUGAUCCACGGCUGAAGGCCCCUGUUAGUGUUACUGCAUGUGUUUUUCCACAGCAGGGCAGGUAAAAGAAGUUUAUCUG